UGACGUAAUUUGCGCGCGACAAAAUAUCUCCUUCUCCGCGUGGUCUGCCGUCUCAUGAUACACACACAGCAGCCAUGACUGCUGUGGAUUUUUGUGGACAGUGGCUUAUUUUCACCUGUGAUACGAAACUCCUCGCCAUUCACACCAAACAGAGCAGAGAAUCGUUUGUGUUUGACUGCAGCACUGCUGAGAAGAAGCCAAAGAAUACAAAGGACGAUAACAACAGUGAUGGCAGUGCCUCAGAGGAAAGAGGAAGUGACAAAGUCCUCGCCUUUACUGUGUCUCCAUCUGGAAAGCUUGUGGCACUGACUGAUGACACAAAGAGGCUGGUCCUGUUUCGCUCUGAGCCUUCAUGGCAGUGUAUCAGCAUCAGGUGGGUGGUGAGGAGGUGCACCUCCCUGAUGUUCAGCAGGGCUGAGGAUGAGCUGCUGGUGACGGACAAAUCAGGAGAUGUGUACUCCUUCUCAGUGGUGGAGCCACAGAGGGAGGGUGAGCUGAAGAUGGGUCACCUGUCCAUGUUGCUAGCUCUAAGUAUGUCACCAGACGACAAGUACAUCAUCACAGCCGACCGUGAUGAGAAGAUCAGAGUGAGCCACCUCAGGUCUCCGUACAACAUCCAGUCCUUCUGUCUAGGACAUCAACAGUUUGUCAGUGCUCUGCUGGUGCCACCAAGUCAUCCACACUGGCUGCUGUCUGGAUCAGGGGAUGGGACCAUAAAGCUGUGGGAGUAUGAGUCAGGCCGUAAGCUGCAGAGCUGGGACCUCAAAGAGCUUGAAGAGACACCGAACUCUGAGGCUGACAAACGGAAGAAGCCAACUGUGUGCAGAAUCACCAGCUCUCCUGAUGGUUGCCAUGUAGCAGUUCAGUGUGAAAGAGUGUCCACGGUUCAGUUUUUCAGUCUGGACCAGGAGGGUGAAGAGAAGCUUGUGCCACACAGCAGGCUCUCCCUGCCCCACUAUCCACAAGACAUGACCUUUGACCCGGAAGGCCGGCUCUGGGUGGUGAUGGACUCCAGUGAUGCACCACUCCAAAUUUACACACACAGAAGAGACUCCUGGGAGUGUGAUACUGAGAGCCCGGAAAUGAACAGAGUGACUGCAGCCUUCAAGCCACAUUGGGAGACGCUUGAGGCCUCCACAAGGACCCACAACCGCUUAGAGCAUCUGUACAAGGUGAGCUUUGACAACGUGACGGCAUACCUGCAGAAGAAACAGCAGAGACUGGAGGAGCAGCAGCUGAAGAGGAUGAAGGCACAGAAAGCAAACGACAACAAGAAGGCCAAGAAGGAGACGUCAGACGCUGUAACUCACUCAUCUACCUGAACAGACACUUUGAAAAGAGAGCUAUUGUUUCCUUUUUGUUUGAUACUUUGAAUGAUGGAUCUGAGUUGAAUGUGAGUUUUUAUGAAGCAUGUGGAGAGUUUGUGCUUUAACACAUGAAGAUGGAUUUUUAUGUUUGGCUCAUAUUUCUGGCUGAUUUUUUAAAAUAAACGUUGCGGAUAACAUUAAA